GGUGGCGGUGUCGGAGCGGCACCGGCGGCGGCUGAGCGGGGGCCGCGGCCGCGGAGGGGCCUCUGAGGAAUGUUGAUUUUCAUCCUGGAGAAGACAUUGCUUCUGUGACACCUUGACUUAGUCCACUGAAAAUGAAGCAAGAUUCUACUAGAAACAUUGCUUACACUGUGGAUUGUGAAGAUUAUGUGCAUGUGGUAAAAUUCAAUCCCUUUGAUAGUGGAGAUGCGUGUUCCCUCAUUGCUUAUGGUGGCAAUAAUUACGUAGUUAUUGGGACCUGCAGAUUUCAGGAGGAGGAUGCAGAAGUGGAAGGCAUGCAAUAUAAGACACUAAGAACGUUCCAUCACGGAAUCAGAGUUGAUGCCAUAGCAUGGAGCCCUGAGACUAGACUUGAUGCUAUACCUCCCCAGAUAAGGUUUUGUACUGCAGCUUCUGAUAAAAAGUUAAGGCUGUUUACUUCAGACCUUCAGGACAAGAAUGAGUUUAAGACAUUUGAUGGCCACUCAGAUUACAUUAAUGAUCUGGUGUUUGCUCCCAAUGAAGGUCAAGAGGUUGCAAGCGUAAGUGAUGAUCACACCUGCAGGGUCUGGGAUUUGGAAGGAAAUGAGAAGGCCCAUUUUGUUCUACGUUCUCCUGGAAUGAGUGUUUGCUGGCAUCCUGAGGAGGCUUUUAAGCUGAUGGUAGCAGAGAAGAAUGGAACAAUACGAUUCUAUGAUCUAAUUACACAGCAGGCCAUUCUCUCCCUCGAGUGUGAACAAACACCACUGAUGUCAGCAGACUGGUGUUUAAAAAAUACUCUUAAAAUCGGAGCAGUUGCUGGAAGUGAUUGGCUGAUCUGGGAUAUCACUCGCUCCAGUUAUCCACAGGACAAGCGACCCGUCCAUGUCGAUCGAGCCAGGCUGUUCAGGUGGUCCCGAGUGAAUGAAAAUCUGUUUGCAACCACUGGAUAUCCAGGAAAGACAACUACUCAACUGCUGGUUCAUCAUUUAGGACAUCCCCAGCCCAUUCUUACUGGAACUGCAGCAGUAGGGUCUGGUUUGACAUGGCACAGAACUCUUCCAUUAUGCGCAGUCGGGGGAGAUCAUAAAAUUUUCUUCUGGGUAACUGAAAUGUAAAAUAAGCAUUUCCCUUUAAUAUGAUACUUUACAGCAUAAUGCCUGUUUUCUAGUAAAAUGAAAACAUUUACUCUUUGUAAUGGUAUUUAUUCACUUGGAGAACAUAAGAAAGGAACAAGUAAGAUAUGAAUCAUUUCUGUUUGAAUUUUAGCUUGCAAGUGUAAGAGCUUUUGUAAAAUUGAUUAUCUUACAUCUGAGACUUGUUUAUUUCCCUUAAAAUAAAAUGUACUUUUUAAAUAUAGUAUUUUGUGUAAAAUUAAUUUUUAAGUGUUUUUUAGGAGUUUUUAUGUCCAGCAGUCCCAGUCUGGCAAUCUCACUAACACAGCUCAAAUACUCUGAAAUUGUCCAGAGUACCUACAGAAAGAACACGUCUCCGUAUUAACUUUCCCAACCAUCACUAUCUUAUAAGAAAAAAAAAUGCAGUAAUGUACUGUCAUAAAAUGUUGUCCCUGAACGUUUUUGAAUUAACUAGUUACCACUAACAGUGAAGAAGCUAAUGGUAAAAUCAGAAUGAUUGCAGCAGUAUUAUUUCUCUUAAGAUGACAGAGGAUUUACUUCAAUUGUGUCAAACAGCAUGGUGGGGUUUUUUCUGUUUACAGCCUUUUACUUUCAGCCUUCACAGGAAAACCAAACACAUUCUGCUUUCUAGAAGUGUGUUUUUCCUGUCCUUCCUAUACAAGAUCCAGAAAUGAAGUAAAGAAGAGAAAGACAGACAUAACUCCCAUCUUCAGUGUCUUUUUUGCAUGCUUUUGCAAGUGAAGGCAUAUCAAGAUGUUCUGCUAGUGCAACAGUUCCUUAUAGCAUCAUAGCCAUCCUUAUUAGCAGUAGUUAGAUUUUAAAAUAUUCUGUUGUUUGUUCCUAUUUAUGCAGGACACAUAAAACCAAUUCAGAAGUAGGACAACAGUAAGUGAGACUACAGUCACCUUUUAAAAUGUAAGGCAUAUUUUAUUUCUCAUCAUUCCUUAUUCUUGAGAACUUUUGCUUUCCAACUGCCAUCAAAAUUUACCUAAAAGAUGAAUAUAAAGUUCCUUAUAAGUUCCAGUCUUGAUCAGUGUGUGCUUAAACUGUAAAAUAAGCAACUGUAAAUUGACCAGAGAUUGCAGGCAUAACAGGAGGUUUGAUUUGCUUACAGACACAGAUAAAAAUCUUUGUGGGUCUGGGAGGAUGGAUUGGCCUGGGGCACUGCUGUCCUUCUGGUGUGUAGUGAAACUGAAACAGAUUUGGGUUUUUUUCUGUCCACUCUCAGAGCAAAGCUUUACAGAGCUCUGAGCUAUGCAGAAUAUCAUACAUUAUACCCAGUACUCAUAUUGACAAGGGCAAUUUGCAUUAGGUAUGUGCUGGUGUACUCUGACUGAGACUUUUUUGAUUUAGAAUUGCUUAAGAUUCAAGAGGGCAAAGGGCAGAAAUUCUAUUGUUCUGUAGUUAAUUCAGAAGCCAGGAUGCUUAGUUUUAAUACUGUUUUUAAGGACUACUUAAAACUGUUUACCAAAGAAUGAUCUUGCCAAGUUUCAGGCUCUUCAUUUUAUACUGGAAAAAAGUAAUAUGGAUAUUAAACAAAAAAACCCAAACAAACAAAAAAAAACCAAAACCCCCCAAAAAACAAACAAACAAACAAACAAACCCAACCAAGCAGCUAAUGUUUUUAGCAUGUUCUUCCAUACAGAACAAAAUAAUUAGUUAAUCCUCUGAUGUUGCCUUAGCACAGUACUUGGAAAACUGAAACAUGACGAGCCAUCUUCAGAGAACUCCAAACCAUUUAUCAUUUACUUUCCUUUUUUUUUUUUUUUUAAUAAACCUACAUAACACCUAA